AUGAAGGAGCUGAACCCACUGACUUACCCGGUUAGAGAGGAGAUGGAGCCCAUGACCUACAGCACUUUGGACUUCGACCUGAUAUUGGGACUUUUGGAGGCAGACUUUGUCCACUCUCCUCCUCCUCCUCCUCCCAAUGAGAGCCCUGCUGAGGAGGGGUUUGACCCCCAGCAGCCCCCGACAGAGGGCGACAUGCCCCACGGAGCAGCGCCGUUCGGCCUGCGGCAGCCAGUCCUGCGUGCACCUGGAUUUCACGCUGCAUCGACCGACUUUCCUCUUCUUCCUCCUUUUUAUGCCCCGGCUAAGGAAGGGUUUGACCCCCAGCAGCCCCCGACAGGGGGCGACAUGCCCCACGGAGCAGCGCCGUUCGGCCAGCGGCAGCCAGCCCUGCGUGCACCUGGAUUUCAUGCCGCAUCGACCGACUUUCCUCUUCUUCCUCCUUUUUAUGCCCCGGCUAAGGAAGGGUUUGACCCCCAGCAGCCUCCGACAGGGGGCGACAUGCUUCACGGAGCAGCGCCGUUCGGCCUGCGGCAGUCAGCCCUGAGUGCACCUGGACCGGCUCCUCCCAUGUACCAUCCACCAACUGCCCGGCAGCCGAGCUACAUGCACCCGGCAGCUCCUUGCCGCCAGAGAAAGGUCAAAAACGUGCCAGUGACCACCCCUUGGGGCCAGGAGACGAGCCUAACUCCUCUUGGAUUCAUAAAUGGACAGAUCGUUUAUGGUCUUCCGACCUAUACAGCUCCACCUGUCGCUCCUGAUGUCCCUGUAGUUAAGGCCCACGCUCUACAAAAGAGAAAGUUCUGCAGAAAACCAGACCAUGAGAACAAGCCUUAUGUCAAGAAGCCCCCAAACGCUUUCAUGAUAUUCCGCACGGAACAGAGGCCAACAGUUGUGGCAGAGCUGCAUAACAAGAAUUGUGCGACUGUCAACAGACUCAUCGGACAGAGGUGGAAGUCACUGCCCAAAGAGGAGCAGGCAAAAUACUAUGAACAUGCAGACAGGGAGAAGCAGCUCCACUCUCAGCUCUUCCCUGAGUGGUCAGCCGGUGACAAUUACGGCCAAAAGAAGAAGCGGAUAAGGAGGAAGGGUCCUGUGACGGCAUAUUCUGCUGCCAUGUGAACUCAUGAAGACCUUCAGAUGUGCUACUUUUAUACCGUCUGUCCACUAAGGACCUUUUUUAAUAAAUACUAAAAAUGAAA